AUGGAACUAGUGGAGAACCUCGCCAUGUCCAAUGACACGUAUGGUGAAUAUUUUGACAGGGCAAACCGUUCAGAGGGAUCUAGUGAAGAACAGCGCAUGAAGAAAGAUAUCAGAGAGCUACAGAGCAAGCUUGACAAAGUUCUAAUGGCUACACAAAAGCCAAUACACUUUGUAGGCGGGUUUGAUGAGCAUGUGCCGAGUUUUGAUAAUCAACUGUUACAGGGUCAGCAGAGGGUCGAGAGCCAGCACGCUACAAUGCAACAGGAUAUACGGGAGCUUAAGCAGAACCAAGCUUCGACAUCAUCAAGAGGACCGGCUUUACCAGGUAAGCCGGAGCCUAACCCCAAGGAAUAUGUGAACGCCAUCACAUUGAGGAGUGGUAAAGAAUUACAAGCUCCAGCAUCUAAAACAAAGCUCAUUGAGGCCAAUGGGCAACUCGGAGGGGAGGCAGCCUCAGAUGAUGCUCAACAAGAAGAGGUUUUGGAGAAGGAACCGAUUAAAGACAAAGGAAAAGAGGUGGAGAAGACACCUGAGCUUGAAAAACCCUACAGGAGAUCUAUACCAAGAAAGCUAUCCGAUCCGGGCAGCUUUACUUUGCCGUGCGCCAUAGGUCACUUGAAAUUCUCAAAUUGCUCAUGUGAUCUAGGAGCUUCUGUGAGCUUAAUGCCUUACACGGUGGCCAGGAGACUGGGAUUCAAAAGCUACAAGCCGGCCAAGAUCUCCCUUGUGUUAGCUGAUAGAUCGGUGAGACUACCAGUGGGCUUACUUGAGGAUCUACCUUUGAGAAUCGGUGAAAUAGAGAUCCCCACUGACUUCAUAGUUCUUGAGAUGGACUAG